CGGAAAGCUGCUGGAGCGCCGCCGGUUCUUCCGGGACUCGCUUGGAGAGUUCCGCGCAGCCACCUCGCCGCUCACCUGGAGAACCCACCGCCUGCCCGGGUCAGUCUCUCCCUCGGAAAGGACGGGCGGGAGCGUCCUCCCUACCUCUCUUCCCCAGCCCCCGUCGGUGCCUCUCCUUGGCCGGCCAUUUAGGAGUGCCAGCCCACCCGGUCUUUCAGCUUGGCCAGGCAAGCCGCUGCCGCGUCCGGAGUUAGUUAGCAGGAGCCACCUUGCCUCGCUGGGAACAUGGCCACCGGGGGCUACCGGGGCAGCGGCGCCAGCGCUACCACUACCACCACCGACUUCUUGGAGGAGUGGAAGGCCAAGCGGGAGAAGAUGCGAGCGAAGCAAGCACCGCCGCUGGGGGGGCUGGUGACGGCUCCAGGGGACAGCAAAGCCCCCACCGCCGCCGCCGGCGGGCCCGUGCCCUCGAAUCCCGGCAGCUCCACCGAGGUUAAUAACAACAGCAGCAGCAACAUGAAUUGCAUCCCUCUGGCCAAGAGCGCUUCAAAGGAGCUCCAGUCGCCCUGCCCAGCCGGGGCUAGAGCGGGAGGCGCGGAGCCCUCGUCGGGCAAACCCGGCGUGGCGCCGGCUUCCCCGGAGGAGGAGAAAGUGGCAGCCAAGGGCAAGGGCUCCUCGGGCCCCAGCGCCCGCAAAGGAAAGGGGCAGAUCGAGAAGAGGAAGCUGCGCGAGAAGAGGCGCUCGACAGGUGUGGUGAACAUCCCCGCCACCGAGAGCUUGGAUGAAUAUGAUGAUGAUGAAGCCGGACAAAAAGAGAGGAAAAGGGAAGAUGCAAUCACACAGCAGAAUACUAUGCAAAAUGAAUCAGUCAGUGCAGACCCAAGUGCCUCAUACAUUAUACAGGACACUCCUAGGACAAUUUCAAACAGAUAUAAAAGCACAACAAACACACCAGAUGAAGAUGUUUCUGCUAGAUAUUCACGAGCAGACAGGACAAGCUAUAACAGAUACAGCAGGGAUACAAAUUCUUCUGGAAACAUCAUACCAAGUAAUUUGGAAAAGAAAAUUGAAGAUCUUGAAAAGGAGCUAGCAAAGGAGAGACAAGAAAACCUAAGGCUUGUGAGGAUAAUACAAGACAAAGAAGAGCUGGUUGGGAAAAUGAAGGAAGAAAUUGAUUUAUUAAACAGGGACCUAGAUGAUAUAGAAGAUGAAAAUGAGCAGUUAAAGCAAGAAAAUAAGACACUCUUAAAAGUUGUUGGACAGCUGACAAGGUAGAAGAUGGAAGCCUCAGUGAAGAACGAUGGAAACUACUGAUUGAAUGUUUAAAGAUCAAGGCUAGAAUAUUUCCUUUGUUGCAAUAUGUCAAAACAACUGUCUUUAUAUUUAUUAUUAAGGAGGGGGAAGAAUGAAUGUUUUAUCCAAUGCUCUUUCUUCCUUCAGUGAAGUAGAAGCAAGUUCUGUGAGUAGUUUUAAACUCAUUUUCUUGCAUUUUCCAAAAUAAUUAAUUCAGAUAUUGACAACCUUCAAAAUACCACAUCCUUGCAUUUUUAGUGUCUUUAGAUUAUCUCUAUAUUACCCAGUAACAGUUUUUUUAAACAUACCUUUUCACCAAGUUUUCGCUUCAAUGGAAAUUAUUCUUUUGGCUCCCCCAGCAAUACAAGAGAGGAAGUAAUAAGAGUAAACUUUGUUUACACAGAUUUAAAAUAUAUAUUUUGGGAGAUAAUUGCUAUUUGUUCAAACAGUUGUACUGCAGGUGCCUUACUACAGUACUGAUGUGAAGCCUUUUACAGAUGAGUUACUUAUUUGACAAAGAAUCUUGUAUUUUGUGAUUUUGUUUUAUACUGUAUCUGAAAUACUGACUGUGGUAGAUAGUUUUUUCCCCUGUAUAGCUGCUCUUUGAUGGAAAACUGUUUCAUAAAACAUCAAUAAAUCACCAGUCAUUAUCAACACUAGCAAAGUAGUUUUUAGGAAUAGGCCUAUUUUGUUUAUUCUAGGUUAAUCACUAUGCUUGUCUGUCCACAGGAAAAUUGGGUCCUUUGUACAAAGGGAUAUCCAGAGAGGGCAACUUUCCUUGGUUAUGGCUUAGGCUCAGAUGGAAUGAUUAUAACUUACUGGACCAAGAGCAAAUGGUCUUCCCAGUUUUACAGUCAGAGAUUAAACCACUUAAAACUUGGGAAGUUUUAAAUCUCAGAGUAACAGGAAGGUGAGAGUAUAGGUGUCAAGCUUGUUCUUGAUCUAAUGAACCAGGAUCUGUUGGACUAAAGUUGUUUUGUCUGAACAAAGCCUAUGCGAAUGGUAGCUUAGACUUUUCUGCCAAGAUUUGUAUCAAGCUAGCAUCAGAAUAUAAUAAAUGAUGGCACAUUCCUUUUGCAACAAUAUGAACAUUUGUAUAAAGUGGACAUAUCAGGAUCUUGCAUGAUUCAUAAAGUUUUUUGAAGCUGUGAUAAAAUGUGUUAAUGAAUAUAGUUUACAAAAGGGAAGGUCAUGAUUUUGGGGCCCUCUAAAAGUUUUAUAGAGAACCAUCUAUUCUAGAAUAACACUGAUGUUUGUAAAAAUAAAGUAUGUUGCAUGUUCUGUUACACACA